UAGCCUGGCUGUCAGUUAUGGUAAUGGUCGUGGUCAAAUGAGUCUUAGUGGUCGUGGUCCUCCUUCUCGUCCUCCUACUCGUCCUCCUAUUCGUCCUCGUCCUCAUCCUGUCCGUGCAUGGAACUGCAGGGAGGGUCCUCGGCUGUAUGGCGCCAGGCAGAUUGAUGCUGGAAUGGGAAAAGUGGUUGUAUCAGACAGUCGCAGACAGACCUUCUUCCUCAGUGCAGUUGCCUGGUACAGACUGGGCAGAACGAGCAUGAAGCAUGUCUCAGUGGGAGCUGGGGGAUUGUGGGGAUGUAGCCAUGCCAACAAGGUGUACAAAUAUGUAGCUGGAGACUUCAAACUUGCCAAUGGUCUGUCUAUGUACCAGGUGGAUGCUGGCGGUGAUGGUCAGAUUGUCGGAGUAGGACAGAGAAACUAUAACACCUACUGUCUGAGAGAGAAGACAGCUUUGGGCUACUGUGGACGGGGCGCCCUGAGAUGGACUUUCCUCUCAAGGAGGAUGAUGUACUACAGCUGUGGCCCAAUGUGGGGAUGCUGGGGAGUCGACAAAAGUUUCAGGAUCUGGGUCACAAAGAAUAUAUCACCAACCUCCUGUGGCACUAGUGGCUGGGCAGUCGUGCCAGGGCCAAGAAUGAGAAUGAUUGAAGUGUCGUCAGACGGUAAAGUUUUUGGAGUGACUACAACUGGCAAGAUCUACCAAAGAACCGGCAUCAGCAAUGGUCGCAGACAAGGCACAGGCUGGGUUUACGUCCCAAUGUGCAUGCCUGUCAGACACGUGUCCUACGACCUGUGCAAUCUUUGGAUUGUGACCACCUCUGGUUUGGUCAUGAAGUGCUCACACUAAUCUCAGCACUUUGUCUUGGCUGUCAUCCAUUUAAAGUUCUUCAUUUUCUUUUUAAUCAUCCAGUGCACACUAUUAAUAAAUGAUUCGCAUUUAAUUAUUUUCUACAGUUUGAAAUCUCUGUAACUUCAAUCAUCUUCUCUUUAUUGGACUACUGUUUAUUUAGCAAUCAGUGAAAACUAUGGCUACAAAAAGUAAUUCUUAAUAUAUUGUGGGUCUUUCUUAAAUGAUUC